AUGUUCGAUCGACAUGUUGAGGACUCUUGGCUUUGGCUCCCGGAACCGAGUGGAAAAUUCACCAUCAAAUCGGCCUACAAAACCAUAAAAAAUCUGAAGACCAAUGCAGGGGCCAAUGAAAAAUGGAGAAGCAUAUGGGGAGCAAGAAUUCACAGCAGAUUAAAGAUGCUAUGGUGGAAGAUUUUAUCCAAUAGCCUACUCACAAGGGGUAAACUUCUAACAUUCUUUGAUAUUAGAGACCCGGGAUGUCCUUUCUACUCUAUGACCAUCGAAAAUUCCUUUCACAUGUUUUGGGAGUGUCACUUCGCUAGAGCUGUGUGGUUUGGUUGUUCUUGGCAAAUUCAAACCAGCGAGAUAAAUAUCGAGGAUUGGGAUAAUUGGUUGAUGUGGUUCAAAGCGGGCAAUAGAAGACCAAAAGAUCUUAGCUUUCACGCGUUCUUAGGAUGUGCGGCCAUUAUCUUUGAAAAAGUUUGGAAGAAAAGAAACUCUAUUAUUCACCAAAGGAAAUCCACUCCAAUCAAGGUGAUAAUUUCUCAAGUCAAUAGUCGUCUGCUGGAAAACUCUAAGGAUCACUCCCACCCUGAUUCUACUAUGCUCAAGUGGCUCCCUCCCCCUGAGGGGUGGAGCCUGUGCAAUACUGAUGUCGUCAUUGGGCAAAAUCGAGGGGCUGGUGCAGCCAUUUUCAGAAAUGAAAAUGGGGUAAUCACGAGUAUGUCAUCUUCCAAAGCGACUCAACGGGUUCAAUCAACGCAAUCGACUGCAAAAGGACAGAUAUCUCAGGCUUCAAUCAUAACAUUCAGGACCUCAUAA